UGCAAAUCGGAUGACAGCCCUAUUUCUCCUCGCGAACCAGUGCAUGAUCUAGAUCAGAUAAAUGUCGUGGCUAUAAGAAUCCCCCAGUCCGUCUCGACUUCCUCACCUUCCUCUGCAUCCCCUCUCACUUCCAUCCACCCCCUCGACACUGUGAACGAGAUUACUCCUCGCCAUCCACCAAUAACCCAUCUUCCACGAACAAUCUCCAGACUUCCCCCAGAAACAACAUGUCUGCCACUGCCGCCGUUCCAGCCACCUGCUGUGGUCGUGAGGGUGGAUGCAUCUGCGCCAAAGAGGCCACUUGUUCCUGCGGCCAAAAGGCAGCCAUGCACUGCACUUGUGAGAAAGCAGCAACCGAGAAUGUGACGGCCGGAGCCCGUUGCUCAUGCAAUCAACGACCGGCCGGCAACUGUACUUGUUCGCGUGCUGCAUCUGAAAACACUACGCCGACCGGUGCUACUUGUGCCUGUGGCAAACGCUCCCAAAGCUCUUGCACCUGUGGAGGCACCGAAGUGGGCAACGCGUCGAACCUCGAGACGGAUUUCACCACCAGAGCGUCUGGGGCGUGAAGCUAUCUGUACCAGAGCGUUGCCUGAUAUUGAUUACGGCCAUGGUGGAUGAUAGGAGGGUUAGGAUGACGGUCGAGUGGCUCCUCAAGUGCUACAGUAAGAUAUAUACGUCGUAGCGUGAAGAACACACCGAAGCUCGUUCAAGAGAAUGCAUCUGCGGCACCCGACAUGAUAUGCAGAUAAACACGUGACUAGCGUCUUACAUAACCCCGUCCCUCCCGGCUUAACUUACCUCCCCCUCUGCACAGUAUGUCGAGAG